AACAGCUGGAAGCAGCUAAAGAUGGCCGCCAUGAUAGUCGCCGCAAACAUGGCGGGGCACAACGCCCACAGGAUGGAGGAAAAGAAGUUUGAAUACUUCUCCUCCAUCAACUCCAUGGCGAAGAAAAUAAUGCAGGAGAGGAAGAACAUCGAAGCUAAGCACGGCUCGUCCUGGGAGACGAUGACGCCACAAGAGCAAGACAGCGCCAUCGACAACGGGAUGAUGGAUCCCCAUAUCCGAGCCCGAUACGCCAUGCACAGAGUGGACCGUGAAGAAGUCGUCUGUUACCCUAAACUGCUCAUUCAGACGGGCCAGAAGAUGGUUCACUUCGGGGAAGAGGAUAUUACCUGGCAAGAUGAGCAUUCUGCCCCCUUCUCGUGGGAAACCAAGAGCCAGCUGGACUUCAGUAUGACGUCCGGCCCUGCAGACCAGGGGCUCUCCGCCUCGCAGGCUGCAAAGGUUCCUCAUUCCAGCCAGCUUGGCAAGAGUACACAAGGAGCCAAGGUGUCUGUCAGCGAGGGACGGAGGCCAGAGGAGGAGUCGUCUUUCUGGAAGAUCAGCGCAGAGAGGUCCAGGCUGGAGGGAGAGCAAGCCGACUUCCAGUCCCUCACCCCCAGCCAGAUCAAAUCCCUCGAGAAAGGAGAGAAAUCCCUCCCCUCCUACCUCCGACAGGAGACCUCCGUCACCACCAAGGAGCCUGAGGCCGCAGACCCCCACCCUCCAGCUUCUACCCGGUCCAUAAAGCAGCGAGCACCCAAAGUUCCAGCUCCACACCCCCCCAUCCCCGUCGCCGUCGCUGUCAGUGCAACACCGGCGUCCAUCUCCAUUUCGCCAAACCUGCCCCCACCUGUGAGGGUGUCGUCCUCGGUUGCAGGAUGGGAGCGAUCUCAGAGCACCUUGCCGUCGGUCGGCAGCACCGUGGAUGAAGUGUUCUCCUCUGGCAUGAGGUCCAAGCCCCCCAACCGCCCGACCAGUGUGCAGAAGGAGAAGGAGGAAGAAGGUUCAUCCGCCAGCCCCACCUUUGGCCAGUACAACACGAGCAACAACCUCCUGAAGACUGGAUUCGACUUCCUUGACAACUGGUAAACCACAGCUGACAGCAGUCACCGCUCUGAAUGAAUCAUUCUUCACCAUCACUCUAAAGAAGGCCCCCGCUGCCAUGACUACAGACACUCCCGUCUAGAUGUUCCAAACACCCGUCUUUAGAAUGACCACAUUAUAUUGUUGUGAUUAUCUUCAGUGGCUUGUUAAGACAUUAUCUCACUGCCCGCGUGCUGGUGUUUCCUCUCCCGCUUAGAUUUCUUGCCAAACACGACCCCCGCCCACUCACAGCAGAGUGCGCCGGGACUGUUCUCCGCCUGACUCUGCACUCGCACUGCCAUCAGCUUGGUUUUAAUACGCCAUCAAAAUCUAGAUAAUGUUCAUCUUUUUACCCCGAAGUCUUUCUAACUCAAGUUUUUAAAAGUGAUGGAAAGGUUUGAGCCUCACCACAUUUCUUUUAGGACACAUCUGAACUUGUUGGUACAUAAUGAUUAGGCAACAGUAGCAGAAAGCUGCGUGCCACACGUUUGGGAUGCAGCUGGUAGCCUGCUGAUCACGGUGCCUGCAGUGUGACUGCACAGUGACGCUGGGACUUCACAUGUAACCUUUAAGACACUAAACUAGUCCUGUAAGCAUGUCAAGUUAUCAUGUGUGCAAAACACUAGAACACGCAUCCAUCUUUUUAUGUUUCGUUUUUUUCCUAUGAAGAUUUUGCUCUAAUGUGCUUUUAUUUAUACGUACCUAUAUAUAUAUUCAUAUGAACCAAUAAAGAGUUUUAGAGUUACAGUAGCGCUCAGUACUGCAGUCCGACACGGUGCAAUCACUACAGACGAUGUUCGUACCGGUGGGGACAUUCCUGGAAUAUCAUGGGAUUCUUUUCUUGAGCGAUAUUCAGAUGGGGAACAUCUGGGAUUUUUACCGUUGCAUCACUUUACAGAAAUAAAGCAGAAUGUAUUUUCUAACUUUCGCACACUCGUUGAAGUCGAUGGUGGAUUUCAGCAAGUGGAAAGAAAAAGAAAAGGAGGGGACGUGUUUAAACUUAGUCACGGACAGAUGUCCUGUGUGGAUGUAGUGUCUCACCAACACUUCCUCACCACCUCACCCCCUGCAGUCGUCACCUUCGACCUCAAACUAGUGCUGAGCAAACUAGUGUGCAUUUCUAUUGAAAAUAAGACGUCGUGUUCUCGAUGAGCAGGCAUGUAGUGAUUUGUACCACUUGUGUCAUAGAUCUAAAAAUCCAGUUUACAUGACUAGAGUACUAUUUUACUGAAUUUUAUAUUUAUCUGCUGAUUGUAUCUUAUGCUAUACAUGUAUAUAUACUGCUGUAUAUUGCACUCGUGCAUUUUGAGGUCACAGAUUGGAAGGAAGUCAAUAAAAAGUCAAAAGUG